AGGCCAGAGAGAAAACAGCAUCGGCCGGCAAAGGGGCAUGCCGGUGAAGACGAGAAAAUGAGUAAGCCCGUCUUUGUCGGGUUCGACGGGGAGGAUGAGACGGCCCAGUUUGAUGGCGAAACCCACUCACCGGGUACAGGAGUCAAACCGGAGUUGGAUCCGCAACAAUUUAUGGCAUGCCGACUCGCUUACCCAUGAUUCUUGUAUAAGAAUCGGAUGAUCUAGCUAUCUUCCCAACCUACCCAGUACUACGCGCUUCAUAGACCAGAUGAUUAGAACAUUUUAAGAUCUUGGAUUUUACACGAGAAACGUUUCGUCCUCUAAACAGAGGGCGGCAGAGGUGGCACGAACAGCGGCGGGAGACUGGUGGCUCGAUGCGGUUAUACUCGGUCGACUCGCGCGCUUGGCAGAGCGUUACUCGACGAUGCGAACGAUACACUCGCCUUUCACGGCCUGGCGAGGCUAUCUGCAUUUGCAGAAAGCAAAGUAUUGAAAUGUGCUAUGCAGUAAGGAUAGAAAUUCCGAAAAGGGUGUGAAGGACGAAAAAUAUUUUCUUACAGCCAAACCAAGUAGCUAGAUAAAUAUUUCGUCGUAUUGGGUACUAGCAUCAUAGUAACAGAGUUCAUGAAAAUUUAUAAUGUUUACGUGUUGUCUUCUUUGAUCCCUUUAUUUCAGGAGAAAGAUCGAUCGCGAGCGCUUCUUUCGGGUACUGAUGCGGUCGUGGAGGUAUCGAAUGCUGGUUAGGAAUCCCAAGAUCACUCACAUGGUCCGAGCCUCCCUCGUACUGCGGCGUCUCAUCCGCAGCCGGCUGCGCAUGGCGUGGGAACCGGUACGAACAUUCCAUAGUGAUACUUGGCAAAAUUUUAUGUUCGUCGAUCUUUUUUGUUUUGUCAGGAUGAUCAUCAUCGACGUCAUUAUGGGGGUAUAUAAUGAUCUUGAUAUGAGAGAAUUACGUUGGUACAACGUUUCCCAGCACAAGCGACUUUUCUGAUGCAUCCUUGAUUAUCCAAUGAUCACAGCUGUCAAGACCGGUGUUAGUUGGACGGGUUACGCGGCGGUCAGCAGCCAUGGCGAAAUUGCUCCACGGUGCUAUGAAGCGGCAUCUCUCGAUGACGUUGUAUCGCGGCAGGUUGCAGGGAGUGGUUUUUAAGGCGUGGCGCAAUGCACCGAAAGAUUCUCUGGGGAGGCCGAGAACUUCCAUAAAAAAGCGGGCAUCGGAGACAAUUGGAGGCUCGGUGUCGUCCAGAAACAUACCAAAAGUAAUACAACUCUUCUAGAUUUCUUUUCUAGGAAAUUGAAAUUGGAUUCUUCUCGUCAUGAUUCAGUGAGACAAUACUGAUCUCCCAUUAGUGGGCGAGUAUGAAAAAAUAUUUAUUAGUUGUAGUAGUUUUUGGUAUUUGCUAUUGUUUGUAUUAUCAGGUGGGGCACACAGAGACGGAGACGGAAAAAAUGUUGCAAUCGCGACCAUUUAUUCUGUUGACUAAGCAGCGCGCGUGGGCAAGGUGGCAGCGCGGCGUACGGUGGCAUAUGUCCGCAGCCGAGUGGCAGGUGUAUCAAACAGAGAAGUAUUACCACGGCGAGAGUGCCAUCUUACCCCCGGCACAACGUGCAAUACUUAAUAGGGAGGUGCAGCCUGCAAAAGCGGACUCAGCACGAUCAAGACGGGGCGAUACAGCGCGGUCAAGUCCUGCAAAAUUACGGGGCGAAGGCACCGAUCCAACCGUCACCCUGGGAGAUUACUGUACGGAACGAAGAAAGACUUGUUUGCAAAACUGUAAAAAUCUUGAAUGAUAGAGUAGUGUUAGGUGCUCUUGUUCAACAGGGGUGCAACUCUCAGAAAAAGGACGUUCUGCACCAGAAGUUUUUUUCUUAUCUACUGCUUUUCUAGAUUUUACAAACUGCUCAUGAUCGCCUCCUUUUCGAUCACAGAUGAUAGGGUGCUUCAAGACGACUGGGUUCCUUUUCCUGGUCUCGACGAGCCAGACGAAGCGGUCCCGGAUGCAAAGAGCGGCACGACUCGAGAACAGCGGCCACCAGGGUCGCGAUUACCACUGAAACACAAAGCACAAUUCUCGACGCAGUUGUGGAGCAUUGCGCACAAGGUAGAAUCCGCCAAUAAUGCACUUUAUGUUGCCGUGGUCGUUUUGUCCUGGGAUCUAUAUCUACCUCUAGAUUUCGUGAAACGGAAAUUAUCGUUCCUUCACACAUGGCUGCUCGUUGCGCGCUUUAGUAACACUUUACAAUCGAUCUCACCACCCGGAUUUCCACUGUCAUUAGACUUCGUUGUUACUCACUUCAUCAUCUCACAAAUCAUCAGAUUGGCAGUACUGCUUUGUUGUCGCACGACGAACGUGCUGACCGAUGGCUUGACGCAGGUGGGGACUUUGAGGUUGAUAGCGGGCACGAGGGCAAAGGAGGUUUCGAGAUAGCAGCAAAGCGGCCCUAUAGUCCGCGCACGCUAGUGAUCAUGCGGAACGUUGAGCGACUGCGCAAGAUCGAUGCUCCAGGAGACGAACCCGACUUGCAGGUUAAGGCUCGAAGGCUCGUGAUAUCAAAUGGUUAUAUCUCUAUUCAAAAAAGAAAUGUUACAUCUGUUGGAAUAGAUCUUCGGGCAAAAAAAUUUGAUACGUGCGGAUGGAGUUUUUCUCGCGUUGAUUUUUACAGCAUGUUGUAUGAGAAAAGUAAGCGCUAAGAAAGGCCGCAUAAGCAUGCGCGAUGCCCUGCUCGAGCCAGCUCCAGAGGAGGAAGUAGACGAGGUGGAGAGGAGUCGAUCCCCAGUAGGAAAAGAGCCCAGUGCUGACGAGGAAGAGGCAGCUGCUGUAGAGUCCGAAAAUCGCUCAUCGACUGCACUGCAAGUUCCGGACGUCCCUUUCUUCAGACCGUCAGCGAGGGUCAACGACGAGGGACAAGCUAAAAAGGGAGUAGCCGACGCGUCAGCAUACAAGCGGUUGAAACGAACGGUGCUGCAGCAAGGCGGUCCUGAACCUGUAAAAGGUGUCGCUUUGCGAAGUCGCAUAGGUAUGCGAAAGUCAGGAGCCUCGUGAAAACAAAAAAUGUGCUCGCUUUCGUGAUAACCAUAACGCGUUUCGACAGACAUUAUUCAAAUUUACCAAUGAAACCUUUUCUACUACAUCAUAGCUAAUAUAUUCUGUUCUAUAUUGACUGCAGCAGCCUUGAAGGGUCCGUCAUUUCUUGAGAAUAUAGUAAGAUAGCGAGCUUGACUUUCUUGCGUCACCGCCAAAGAAAUGGUAGUAUUAUCAUAUUUCUUUUAACAAGAACUCUGCUCUUCGAGUCAAACAUUUCCAGUAACAACAAGAUCGAAAAAGACGUCCAGCUUUUUCGCGUGUCCAAUUCCAAACGUUUGCUUCAAGAAAUUAAAUUUGUUACCGCCGGUUUUUGUGUGAACAGGAACCACACUCCGGGCUGGAUAGAGUCUUGCACAGACGCUAAUGUAACACAACUGUCUAGUUUAUCUUCUCACAAAUGUACGUAUCGGUAACUAGCGCUUUGCUAGCGGCUGUAGAUUAGUGGUACCAAAGAAAAACGAAUGUCGAAACGCAGGUAGCCUUGCAAAAAGAACGUCAGCUGCCGAUGGUGCUUUCCCCCAAUUUUUCGCACUCCACUCGCGCCUGCUCAUCCACACCCUCAAGUAGCUGAGGUCUUUCCCUCCCCGUUCUUCAACUAUUUUACAGUAUUGAACUGCUGAACUUGACAAAAUAGAAUAUGACAUGUCACUGCCUGGCCCCAGCUUGUGCGACAGUAUCCUUGUUAUGAAAUGAAGAACUCACCCAGAAGAAUGAUUCACCUGGAAGAUCACAAU